CAUAACCUCAAUUAAGUCAGUGGCGUGAUUAUUUAGUUAAGAGUUUUUAGAGGGGUUAACCAUCAAACAAUAGGGAACAAUACCGGCAUACUCAUCGCAGUUGGCGUGCGUACCUAUAUAAAACAAGAGAAUCGCAGUGAGGCGGUCAUUUGUCAAUUGUUCGCGUUUAAGGUUGCUUGAUCAGUUCCGCCAAAACCAAAAUGUUGGACGAAUAUUUGGGAAAGAAGUACGAACUUCAUGACAGCCAGAACUUCGAUGAAUUUAUGAAGGCUCUAGGUGUCGGCUUUUUGACCAGGAAAUUGGGAGCUGCCGCUUCCCCGGUCGUUGACCUCACCAAAGAAGGCGACGAAUACACUUUGACAUCUGUCUCCACCUUCAAAAAUGUCAUCUUGAAAUUCAAGCCAGGUGUUGAAUUUGACCAAGAAACCCCUGAUGGCAGAAAUGUAAAGGCCACCAUCACUGUAGAUGGCGCCACCCUCCAUGAAGUCCAAAAGGACUCCGCUGGAAAGACUACCAUCAUUGACAGAACUUGGAGCCCAGAGGAAGUUAAAAUGGUUAUGAGCAUUGACAACAUCACAGCCACCAGAAUCUACAAAGCCAUGCCAUAAUUUUCCAAUUUUUUAAGUCAAACUUAUGUAUAAUUUUAACAUACAUAUAACAUACCAGUACUGAUUAGUUUUCAAAAUAACUCAUUUUUUGUUUUGUUUUUAUUAUUUUAUUAUUAGUUUCUUAUUACAUCACUCAAAUAAAUUCGUUUUAUUCAU